GGGCCACAAGCCGGGUCCGGGGUGGGCUGGGCGUGUGUGUGGCCCCCCCUGCCCCCCCCCCGGGAAGGUGUGGUCGAUCUGAGCAAGGGAGGGGGGUCAGCCGACAUGACUUCUAAAUCAAGGGAUGGAACUGCUGUGGUGGUGGUACUCACAACACACCACCAACCAGCCAGCCAGCCAGGCCAGCCAACCACCAGCGACACCCACGAUCUGGCGAGAUGGCCAAGAUGGCGAGAUGGCACAAUGGCACACCCGGCCGAGAUUGACGAUGGGCCACCAAGGACAGACAAAGCACCCCCUCACCCACCGCGGGCUCCAGGCUCCAGCCGCCCUCCACCGCGGCAACGUCCAACAAAGAGCAUAUGCCACCCUCGAGAUGCUCAUCAUGGCCGCCCCUCGCCUGAUCUCUUCCUCUCUCACUCCCCAGCCUGUCAAGGCCUGUCAACCGCCAGCCAGUCCCCGCAUAUUUGUUUAAAGAGCAGAACACUGAACCGGGCAUCACAAGUCCCCCCCCCACGUCCUCCGUCCUCCGUGCUGCCGGCCCGAUACCCAAGACAUUACCUGGGCGGUCCAGCUGCGCCUCCUUCCAACGAGUCGUCUCUGCGACCGUACCCAGGCCCUUUCUGGUUCUGUGAGCCGUUUAAUCUCGCGUGCGACAGGGCCCACCCCAUAUCCUGUCCCCCGUUGACAGACAGCCACCAUACCCCUGGCCGUCGAGCUCUGGAUACCACAGUAAUCUCCCGUCCUGGCUCGAUCUCUCAUUUCCAGCUUUUGCUCCUUCGCCCACGCGCCCUCACGCCCUCACGCCCUCACGCCCUCGCACGGCUCCCCAGGCCCACGCUGCCGUUUUCCCUCUUUUGCGCCUCUCCCCUUUCCCGACCCCUGUCCCUCCCACAGGCUCCUCUCAUAAUCCUCGCCGGUUCCUCUCGUUCAAGUGCCCACUGUCCUCCCCGCGAGAUUCCUCACCAUUCUGGUCCCACGGCAUCGCGUCGCUUCCUCCGUCCAACAGAGAGUCAUUGCUCUCUACCACAUUCUUUUGGAACUCGCGAACAACUCGACACUACGUCUCGUCUCGUCGUUCGUUCGUUCGUUAAUCCCCAGGCGUCUCGUCCUGCUCGACCCAUCUCGAAUAGGCACUCCGGUUCGCAACCUCAUUAAACCUCGUUUCAUCUAAACAGAAAAAAAACCUCUCUCACAUCAAAGUAGUAUCAGACUUCCUCAGGGCAGUCUGUCCCAGGAGAUCAAAAAAUGAAGGGAGCUCUUAACAUUGCCAUUGCGGCAUCUCUGGCUGCCGGUGCUACUGCCCAGCCUCACGCGCACCACCACCGACACCAGCACGCCAAGAAGCACGACCAGGCCCCCCAUCUGGUCCAGCUCCAGCAGCGCGGGCCCUCGCCCGUCCUUAACGAGCGUGAUGUCGUCGUGGUCUACGAGACCCCCCUCGAGACGGCUUACGUGCUGGGCGGCGAGUCAAUCACCCCCGAGGAGGCGGAGGAGUGCCUGAGGGACAAGCUGUGCGAGAUCGUCGGCGAGUCGGAGCCCACCUUUGUCACGCCCACGCCCACGCCCACGCCCACGCCCACGCCGAGCCAGCCGUCCACCUCGGCUGCCAAGACGACCUCGGCUGCCGCCGGCGAGUUCUUCGAGGCCAAGAAGCUCAACAUCGCCCCCUCGUCCUCCAGCAGCAGCUCGGAGCCCGCCCCGACCCCGGCUGCCCCCAAGGCCACCCCGAGCUCGUCCUCCUCGGGUGCGACCGGCAUCGACGCCGACUUCCCAGAUGGGGAGAUCGACUGCAGCACGCUGCCCACCGAGUACGGGGCCGUUGCUGUCACCCAGGUCAAGCACUCCGGAUGGGGUGGUCUUCUGGACGUGGGUACCAGUGCCUACGCCGUGGGCUCCACCAAGGCCAUCUCCAGCUACUCGGCCCCCAAUGGUGGGCUGCAGCCCGGCAUGUUUGGCACGUACCAGUGUCCCGAGGGCUACGACAUGGCUCAGUGGCCCGAGGGCGCCCAGGGCGCCACCGGCCAGUCCAUUGGUGGGCUCUGGUGCGGCCUCGACAACAAGCUCUACCUCACGCGCCCUGAGAGCACCAAGAAGCUCUGCCAGAAGGGCGCGGGCAACGUCAAGGUCAUCAACAAGCUCGACGACAAGGUGAGCCUGUGCAAGACCUCGUACCCUGGUAAGGAGGACAUGAUCCUGUCCAACGUUGUCGAGGGCGGUGCCACCUACAACCUCUACAACCCAUACCAGAACCAGUCAUACGUGUGGGGCGGAGCUUCCACGUCUGCUCAGUACUACGUCAACCUCAAGGGCCUGGACAAGGACAUUGCUUGCCAGUGGACCAGCCCCGAGCCGUACUCCAAGAACGCUGGCAACUGGGCCGGUGUCAACCUGGGCACCAGCGUCAACGAAGAUGGCACGACCUUCCUCUCCAUCUUCCACAACACCCCGACCAGCAACACCCCCCUGGACUUCAACAUCAAGCUGAGCGGCGACGUCAGCCAGGAGUGCACGUACUCGUACUCGUCCAACUCCUUCAGCCCUAGCAAUGGCAACGGCUGUACGGUUGCUGCGCAAGCCGGUGGCACCAUCUUCGUGACUCUUUCAAACUAAGCGCCCUGUCAUGAUCAUACGCCCCCUCGCGAUUUUCUGUUCAGCGUCAUUUUCUACUUGAUACCUCGAGAGACGGCGGACUCGACCCGGUCUCACAUCCGGCCUCGUACCCCCCAGCUCUGGUGGCUCAGGCCAGCACCUGGGGCUAAGGCCUCCUAUACAUAUACGUGCACAUAAUUGCUAUUGUAUUAUUUCUAAAGGAAACGGCUUCGACAGCCCACUGCGGCCAUCUGGUCAAACAUCAUGGUCGUACAUGGGGAGGCCUCGUUCAUUCCAACUCUUUGGCUACGUGGUUGUCAUUUUUGGAUACACCGGUGGUGGUGGAGGGGUCGCUGGUCUCCCGGGCUUUUCGAACCCAUGUAGGCAAAGCCCCAAGGCACAGAUCUCAGGAGGAUUGGGGUUGAUUGGAGUUGUGGGGGGGAAGGGAGUGUUUGGCUGACGGCGGGCGACGUUGUAUGGCGCUCACGCCCGUUGAGCCCUCGACUUAUCGAUUCUUUAUUUUCCUUUGUACAGCUUCGGGGCGAGAAAACCCGCCUGCCGAUCAAGAAAAACCACUGUCGAUGCCGUUUCCUGAAGACAACCAAACCGACUUAAAUGCGUCUCAUUUAUAUAUACACAAUAUUUGGAUCGGAACUAUUUCUACAG